UUAACUCAAUUUCUAUAUAUAGAGUAACAUCAAUGUUGAAUCUCCAUGAAAUUUCUCAAAGAAGAGGUGCAGUCAGGAUUAACUAAUUAUGGCUGUUCAUCUUAAUUUGCAUAUCAUAAUUUUGUUAGUCUGGGCAAUCAAAGCAUCAGCAAUUCAUUGUCCGACGACUUGUGGUAAUGUCAGCGAAAUAAGAUAUCCCUUUGGAAUUGGAAAAGGCUGCUACUUCAAUGAAUGGUUUGCAGUAACUUGUGACAACUCUUCGGGCUCUCCAGUACCUUUCUUCAGUAAAACGAAACUGAAAUUAGCAGAAGACAUCUCUCGUCGAAGCAACGGGAUGGCCAUUGGAUUGAGCGCUUAUGUGAAUAUAUCGGAAGGUUUUAACCUGUCAGGAACGCCGUUUUCCUUUUCACAUAAGCUCAAUAAGUUCAUUUCCAGGGGUUGUAAUAAUUAUACCACGACGUUCGAAAGAUAUCAAAUCAAGUCAACAAAUGGGUGUCUGCCUAUUUGUACUUGUGAUCCUGCUAAAAAUCAUAAUUGCUAUGAUUUCAUGUGCACCGUUUCUUCAAGUCGUCAGUUUUUUUCUGAUAUAAGCGUUCCCAGGAACUGCAAAUCUGCCGUCAUGGUUGAGCAAGAUUGGCUCAAGACAAACUACCUAGCCACUACCAAUCCCAAUGUUCUGAAUGGAAGGGAACAUGUUCCUGUAGUGAUGGAAUUCGGAAGAUACAUGGGGAGUUGUGCUGAAUCAUAUUAUUAUAAAUCAAAUAAAACACUUUGUAACAAAGAUAAUUUUUGUCUAACACAAUUAGACUCAGGCUAUUUUUGUGUCUGCAGUCAGUCAAGAGGAAAUCGUGAUGAACAAGGCUGCACAGGUACGGAUUUAAACCACGAAAUGAAGUUAAAGUAAUAUUAGUCAAAUUUAAGGGUUUCAUUUCUGC